AUGGCUGGAGACAAUGGCCCGAGCUUAAUAAUGGGGGAUUUUAAUAUUAUUCUAUCUAGUGAGGAUAGAGUGCAGGGGAAUGCAGUACAAGAGAUAGAGAGUGGAUUAAAAAAAUGGCCUACCAUGGAGGGGAUCAAUAUGUACCUUGGUUUUUCAGAUAAUUGUCCUUUAAGCCUAGUUAUUGAUGACACUAGCCAAGAAGGUAGGCGACCUUUCAACUUUCUCAACAGUUUGGAAAAUCACAAAGACUUUGAUGACAUAGUUAAGCACUGCUGGAGAAAGAGGCAACGGGGAACUGCAAUGCUAAAGGUGUGGAGUAAGCUCAAAAUGCUAAAAGGAGAUCUAAAGCAGCUGAACAAUCAAGAAUUUAGCAGUAUUGGGCACAAGAUCCAAGUAGCAAGGAAUAAAUUAGAAGGUAUCCAGGCUCAUAUGACAAUUCUAGGUAAUGACAAUGAGACAAUAUUACAAGAAAAGGCUGCAAAACUUGAACUGGCAAAAUGGUUGGAGGUGGAGGAGAGUGUACUGAAGCAGAAAUCAAGAAUCAAGUGGCUUAAACUAGGGGAUUCUAACACAUCAUACUUUCAUGCCUGUAUGAAAAAUAGGCAAGCAAAGAAUCAUAUUGGCAGACUAAUCAACAGUGUAGAGCAAAUACUCCAAAGUGUAAAUGAAGUAGAAGAGGACAUACUGAGUUUCUACAAAAAGCUACUUGGCACAAGAACUUCACAAUCACCAGUGGUUAUCCCAGAGAUCAUGCAGAGUGGUUAUAUGUUGAGCAGGCAGCAAAAAUUACAACUAAUCAAACCAGUUACUAGAGAGGACGUAAAGAAAGCAGUACUAGACAUUGAUGAUAAUAAAGCACCGACAUGUGAUGGAUAUAACUCCUAUUUCUUCAAGAAGACAUGGCAUAUACUCGGUGAUGAGGUUACUGCAGCAGUGAUGGAGUUCUUUGAAAAUGCAGAAAUAUGUAAAGCCAUUAACUGCACCACUAUUACCUUGAUACCUAAAGUCAAGAACCCAACUAGCAUCAAGGAGUUCAUGCCUAUAUCUUGA